ACGCGCACGUCGGCACAGUGGGCAGAAGAAUACAAGAAGCAGAAUUGCAGCGAAGAAAACAACGCGACGCGUUUGCCACGCAAAAAGAAAUUGGUGCUAAGAAAAACAACAAGAGAGAAAGCAAAAGUUCCUAUAUAGAGUAAGUGAAGACGAUGCUCACUAAGCAGCCAGACUAUACAAUCUCGGAGCUGGGCUACCCCCAGCUAUACGCUCAUAGUUUCUAUAAAAAAUGCCGCCCACAAGAGCCCUGUUUUCGCUCCAGUUGCACUCACAGUCCCAGCCACAGUCCCAGUCCGAAUCGCCUGUUGCCAUUACGCGAAACGCUGGAUGAUUACAACAAGCGGCUGCUGGGUGAACAAGCAGAGAACUGUGAAACAAGUCGAGGCAGAGACUUGGAUGAUAGAUUGGCGCAGCAGAAAAGACAGAAGAAUCUGUGGAACGAGCAGCAGAAGCAGCAACAACAGCGCGACAGACGCAAUCAAAAAUGUCGAGAUAAAGCCCAAGCAAAACGCCCGACGACGAAGGCAACUUUGGUGACUUGUGAUUUGAAUAGUUUCUGAUUACGCUGGCGGAGGAGAAGGAGGAGUAGGAGGCGAAGCUCCAGAGCUGAACUACAAUAAAUUAAGGGACUGAUUAAAACGUGCUAAAUUUAACAUAAAAAGCAAUUUACACACAUUUUUGCAUAGAACUUUAAGCGUUAAUUCUAAGUAAAUCAAAAGCAAUAACACUUAAUUUAAUUGCAUGCCACGCAG